AUGGAGAAAGUGACUUACGUUCGAAAUCCUUACCCUCUUCCUGACGUGGUUCGCGAAGGAGUAUGGACUCGACGACCAGUUCUUGGUGAUAAAGUCUCACCGCAGGACAGAGGUUGGAGCGCGAAUUUAAAAUCUCAUGAACGCCUGUUUGCUCAUCACACGUUGAACAGUAUUCGAAAAGAUACCAGACUUAUGAGACUGCAGGUACCAAACGAUGCUCUCGACUUAGCGCUUUCAACCGUCUACGUCCACAGUGAAGACACUUUGGUACCUAAAGUUUACGUCCCAAUGCAAGCUGAAUCAUUAGGGAAGAAAACAUGGCGUGUUUUGAGAAACAAAAUCGAGGCAUCAAGAAUUUCUGCAGAAGACGAACAAGAUGAUCCAGUGUCGUCGCUGUUAGCCCACUGUUAUCGUGGCCCAUUACCAGAGCGGAGAGUUCAUCCGAGCAACGUGAAAUUAAAUAUCACCGGGCCGCACUCGGUUCAAUCGAAUCCCGGAUACAGCCGCAAAAUUGACGGAACUUUUUACAGUAUUUAA